AUGGCAGAUUUGGAUAUACCCACUGCAUCAUUAAAUACAGUAAAUAGUAAUGAAUCAAAAGAAACAAUAGUUUCUACCCAGAAUACAAAUGGUAAUGAAAACAAUGAAGAAGAUAUUGUUACUAUAUAUGAUGUUAUAUCCCAAUUACAAAGAUCAUUAGAAGAUAUAGUGAAACAGAUAGAUCGAGAUGAUGAAAGUUUCAAUAAGAUUAUAGGUUUGAUAGAAAAGAAAAUCAACGAUUUGAGUUAG